CAAAGUUUGGGAAAAGUUUGGGAAAAGUGUCCGCAGGAUGUUCCGUGUUAAAACUUUAAAAUGUCCGCGUUUGUUUCCCGUUUAACCGAAGGAAACUCGCUCCGGUGUCUGUGUGAGCGGGUCAGAGCGGAGAACACCGCGAGGACGGGUUUAUAUUUACUUUAUUUACUUUGGACCGUUAAACGUUAAAUCAGUGCGGCGGGUUCUGGAGCGGACGGUGCGGGGGGUUCGGCUCGGUCCCGGUGGUUCGGAGUAGCACGGAUGCGGCUCUUCCCCUUCACGGUGUGGGUUGUGCUCCUCCGGGCGUCGUGUCUCAUCCCGGCUCCUGCUUCUCCAGUUCCGUACCCUGCUUCGGGAGGUUCUGCUCCGGGAGGUUCUGCUCCGGGAGGUUCUGCUUCGGGAGGUUCUGCUCCGGGAGGUUCUGCUCCGGGAGGUUCUGGUGGAUAUGCCGGGCUGAGGGGACCUGGAGGCGGGUUUGGAGUCGGGUCUUUGCGGGACACGGCGGCUUCUUCCUCCGCGGACUCUCCGGGGUGUGUCUCAGGUCCACCUGGGGGCGCUGCAGAGUCUACACUCGUGAGCUCUGAGAUGUUCUCCUCAGACCUUCUCUCUCCUCUGAGCCCGAACACACAGCUCCUCAGAAGAAGGAGGAGUCCACCUGACCACCUCCGCCCACAGGUUUCGGUUGGACCAGAACUGUCUCAGUUUGGAGUCACGUUCCACAAAUGUGCUCAGGUGGUGCCAGGUUCUGAUCCUCCUCUUCUCUCCAUCUUCCUCCUCAUCCACCACAUGGGCCCUCCUCACGCCUCCAACCUCACUCAGGUGGCUGUGCGGGACUCCAUCUCCGGCCUCACCCAGGUCCAGUCUCAGGUCCGGCCUCAGGUCCGGCCUCAGGUCCGGCCUCAGGUCCGGCCUCAGGUCCGGUCCCAGGUCCAGUCCCAGGUCCAGUCCUUGGGCUGGUCUGAGGGCAGAGAGGUGGAGGCCGGGUUCCAGAGCUUCGCCAUAGACGCUCUGUACGCUGGCUCUCAGGUGGUGUUGAAUUACUCCGCCCACAUCAGGAGCCCGAAGACUGAAGUCCUGGAGCUGCCAGCGUAUCUCACCUUCUCCAACGCCUCACAGAAUGAUGUAAACAUGUUUGGUCCUGUGACGGCUCAUCUGACCGUACGAGUGAACUCCACACUCACAGUGUUUCCUCAGCACGUGCUGCACUUCGCCGGGUUCUUCGGGGGGUUCCUCGUGUCUCUGGUUCUGGUUCUUUUGGGUUUUUUGCUUCUGAAAAGGAUGAACCCCGGGGCCGCUCUGAGACUUUGCCAUAAACAGAGACCUGGAGCAGCGUCUGACCUGCAGCUGGACGUCCCUCAGGUCAGCGGCGCUCAGACCGAGGACACCGAGUCAGAGGACAAAGUGGUGGACAUCAUGAUCCAAGAGGAACCUCAGGACACGCAGCUCGCUCUGGACAGUCUGGAGUCCUCCUCUCGUCUUUGCUCCUCCUCUCGUCUGGAGACGUGUCGGUUGCAGUUGCAGAGAGCCCUGAUGGUGGCGCUGUUGAGGCGAGGGGCGGGGGCGGAGGACAGGCUGGAGGAGGUGCUGCAGGGCCCGGUGGAGGACAGGCUGGAGGAGGUGCUGCAGGGCCCGGUGGAGGACAGGCUGGAGGAGGUGCUGCAGGGCCAGAUGAUGGCGCUAGAGGGACGACUGCAGGAGGAGCAGCACCACAGGAUCAACGCCCUCAUCGAAGAAUUCAACCACGAAACGAGAAACGCCAUCGACGCUCAGCUCCUCCGACACGCACAGGAGAGAGAGGAGGAGGCGCAGAGGAGCAGAGGAGCAGAGUGUGCUCCCCUCUGCAGGUCUCUCCUGGAGGAGGUUCACAGAGCGAGUGGGAGGUGGAGUCGGCGCCUCCUGCUGUGGCGUCAGGAGGAGGCGCGGGCUCAUGUGCAGAGGGACCUGACUCACAGGAGACGUGAGGAGGUGCAUCAGAUCUUCUGCGAGGAGCUGGAGGAGGCCACGAGGACCGGAGACAUGGACCAGAACACCUCCUCAUCUCUGCAGCAUCUGUACUUCAGCUGUCAGGACGUCCUGGAGCAGGUGUGGGACGAGGUUGUGGCUCUGAUGAGGUUUCUUCUGUCUGAGCGUCAGACUCACAGGAGGCUCCUGGUGCAGAGUCUCCAGACUCUCCACAGUCUGAUCUCUGACAACUUCUCACAGGGCGGGGCUGGAGGUGGGGCUGGGGGCGGGGCUGGAGGCGGGGCUGUGGAGGCGCCGUACGACAGAGGCCAGCAGGAGGCGCUGGUGCUGAGGCAGAGGCUGGAGGACACGAUGAAGGAGAAGAAGAAGAUGCUGCGCUGUGACCUGCUCCAGAAACGAAGAGACGCCCUCACCAACAUAUGGCGUCUCCACAGACAACAGCAGCAGAGCCUCCUCUCCUCCUCUUCCUCCUCUUCUCCUUCCCCCCUGUCGCCCCUGUCGCCCCUGUCGCCCCUGUCGCCCCUGUCGCCCCUCCCUCCUGCUGAGUGUGUGCUUCUCCUUCAGUCCUGGAGAGAUCUUCUGGUGUCUCAGAUCAAAGAUGAGUCUGAGCUCAUUAAACAUCUGGACCAAGAGGCAGCGACUCACAUCAAGAAGGGGCUGAGUGACCUGCUGGAGGACACGAGGGCAGGGCCGCACCUGUCUGUGUCCCAGACGGAGGAGGGGAGGUGCUGCGCCACAGAGGAGCCACAGGGGGCAGUGCAGAGGGAACUGACACAGCAGAGGGACACCAGGGGGCAGUGCAGAGCCUUCUUCAGUCGUCUCCUGUCCUCCUGUGUCCUCCUGUCCUCGUUGGACGUCCUGCGGUUGGAGUUGGAGUAUGUGAAGUGUGCGUCGGUGUUGGACCGGUGCCUGGUGCUGCCCCCUGCUGUUCUUCAGGCCAAAGUGCAACGAGCGCUGGACGAGUGGAGGCGGAGCCAAGAGACGCUCCUGAGCCGAGCCAGAAGGAAAAACACCAAAGACGGUAAUGAGACGAGAAGGUUCCAGAAGAACCUCCAAGAACGAAUCAAACUGUACGAAGAAAAGAGCGAGAAAGAAAAGGAACUGAGAGAGGAGAUGGAGGUGCAGAUGUCUUCAGACGCUCCUCGUCUCCUCUUGUCGUGCGUCUCCUCUCGUCUCUCGUGUCUCGUGUCUCGUCUUCACCUGGACAAGUCUCACAGGUGGAUCAGAGCGCUGCAGAUGUGGGAGGCCAUUUUGUGUGUUCAGUCGCUCCUGACGCCGGAGCUCAGAGACAGUCCUAAGAUGGCCGCCGUGCUCCGAGUCCACCGGGAGGGACUCGCUGCAGCAGAGGACGAGUUUCAAAAGGAUCUGUGCAGAGUGGAGCCGGACUCAGACCAUCAGGAAAGCCCUGACCCUCUGACCCCUCUGACCCCCUGACCCCUCCGACCCCGCUGACCCCUCCGACCCCGCUGACCCCUCCGACCCCGCUGACCC